GGCGAACACACACACACACACACACACACACACGCACACAGGAAGUCAACCAACAUUAAAUGUUGCGAAGAAGAGCAAACGCUGUGCCGUGGGUCACAUUUUGACGACAUUAUUUUCAAAGUGUGCGGUACACCGCGCCUUGUUGCCCUGUUCCUGCGCGCGAUGGCGAACCAGAGAGUCCUCCCUCAAAGCAAAGAGUCCCUGCUACAGAACUACAACAAGAGACUAAAAGACGACAUCAGGUCCAUUCUGGACAACUUCACGGAGAUCAUCAAAACAGCGAAGAUAGAGGAAGAGACGCAGGUGGCGCGAGCAACACAAGCCGAGCAGGACCACUACGAGAUGCACGUCCGAGCGGCCAACAUCGUGCGAGCUGGUGAGUCCCUGAUGAAGCUGGUGUCCGAUCUGAAGCAGUUUCUGAUUCUGAACGACUUUCCCUCGGUCAACGAUGCCAUCAGCCUCCAGAACCAGCAGCUCCGGUCGCUGCAGGAGGAGUGUGACAAGAAACUGACCUCGCUCCGUGACGAGAUCGCCAUCGACCUGUAUGAGCUAGAGGAAGAAUAUUACUCCUCCAGGUACAAGUAGGCGCGUACUUGCUCCCAUCCCACUUCCCCUCUCUUGUGCAACGCCCCACACUAUGUAGUGUCUCACGUUCAACAUUCCCCCCUGAACUCAAGGAAGGGUUUAGUUCUUCCUGCAUCUAAACCAGACAUUUUUUGGCUUGAAUUGAUCUCUUUGACAUAACCAGACAGUAUUUAUCAACUCAGAUCUUUGCUGGGGUCAUUGCUAUGGAGAGCAUCUCACUAAGUGACUAUUGAUUAGUAAGUGCCUUGACUUUUUUUCUGCUACGACAUUUGUCAAUUGGACAAUAUUAACUGUCUACAUUUAUCUAGCUGUUGAACAAUCACAGAUCGAAAUGUACUUUUGAGAUUUCUAUGCAGUUUGAAAGCCAAAAGGCUUGGAAUGGUGCUCAGAUAGAUUUCAUAAUUUAGAGAAAACGGUUAGGGCAUUGAUGUACUGCUAAGUUUAUUUAUAAAUACCAAAGACUUUCGCUUGGUCUACACAGCAUCAAAGAGGCUUUAGAGAUGUUACCGGUCAGGCACACUAACGCAGGUUGGUGAAAUAUAGCAAUGGAUGCCUUUUCUUGUACGUUUACUACCGAAAAUGUUUUAAUUUAAGUUACAGGCAGAGUUGAUCAAAAUAAAGCAAAUAUUAUUGUAUUAAUUAAUUGUUAGAUUCCUAUUGAAAACCUGGCAGAUUUCAAAACAAACCUUGGUAUGGAAUCUCUUUUAGACAAUCCCACAUUGAAAAAAACUCAAACAUUAUCAGGAUAUAGUAUAUAUUUAUGGAUGUAUCUUUUUCUCAAUAUAAUUCAUAUGUAAUCCUAAAUGUAAAAGGGAUGCCCUGUAUGAUAGAAUUAUCCAUCGAAGUCAAAAAAAGCAAAAAGCUCGGCAAGGAGAUCAUGUUUAAAUGAUUCUGUCCAUAAAAGCGGAAGGGACUUGAGCUGUCAUCAUGCUGGCGACAUCGACCCCAUGUGUGAUUGCACUUGUAUAUCACGAAGAUCCAGAAUGAUUAAGAAAUAAAGCAGACAAAACACUGUA